UUAGAAAAAUCACUUGAAGAUUAUUAUCGAUAUUACGUGGCAUUCGGCAGCCUUCAUACGUUAAUAUUAAUCUGGGCAGUGAUUUUAAAUAAUCACGUACGAAGUAAAAUCGAGAAAGAAAGGAUCUUAACAAAAUAUUUCACUUACUGAUAGGAAACGGAUCAUCGUUAUUGUGUGUUAAUACACAAUUUCAAGUAUUUUGGUGUUGGAAAAGCAACAGUCGUAACCACUAAAAAAUUCCUCACUAGCGUGAAACUAUUCUUUGCUGUCCCAAUAUGAAGAAAAGAAGCGCUUUAUUCAACCAUGGAAGAUUAUUAUCUCCUCAUAAAACAAAUCGCUCAUGUGUUCAGAAAGAUGUAUAUUGGGAAACGGAGGAGAUUAGAACUUGGUCGCCACUCCUAGUAGAACAAUAUUUGGCAUUAAACUACAUCAGAGCAUCGCGGUUACUACAACUAGAAGAUGUGGCUUUCGAUAAAAUUCCAAAACCAAUUCAACGUUUUGCGCACAUUUUUGACCACGGCAUAUUAAGUAAGUUGUUUCAACUUGGCUACCAGUAUCCAACUCCCAUACAGAAACAAACGGUGCCUGUCAUGCUUAAAGGAGAGAAUGUGAUUGGAAUAUCUCCAACCGGUUCAGGCAAGACUAUAGCCUAUUUUAUUGCAAGCAUACUGCAUAUAAAAGCGCAAAGAAAACUGCGCUGUAAAAAUGGCCCAUACGUGUUAGUUAUAUCAUCCACAAAAAAACGAGUUUUGAAAAUCGCUGAUGUUUACAAGAAAUUUGAUUUGUGCACUAACCCCACGUGCAUACUAAGUGAUAAUAAAAAGUGUAUCAACAUCGCGAAGAUUAAGUCCGACUGCAUUAUAUCCACUCCAGAUCAUAUUUAUGAUUUCAUUAUAGACAGAAGAAUUAAUAUGUCCUCCUUUAGUUUCAUCAUAUUGGACAAUGCGGAUGACAUGUGGUAUAAUGGGUUUGAAAAACAAAUUCACAACAUUUUAUAUUACUUGCACCCUUUAAGCCAAUUUGUAGUGAUGAGUGUAACUUUCCCUUCAUAUCUACAAUCAAUUGCUGAAAAGUACAUGUACCACCCAAUUAUAAUAGAAAAUGCACCACCGGUUGUUGAUCCAAAGCUGGGCCCUUUCGUUAAACAACAUUUUAAAUUUGCGUAUACUGAUGCCGAUAAGUACCAAAUGUUUUAUAAUUUUGCUAAAGGGCUGAAACCACGUGAAGCAGUGCUAGUAUAUUGUUUGGACAAAGCUAGAGCAGUUGAUCUAUCAAGUACCUUGGCAACUAAAAGUUUAGCGACCCAAUGUGUGCAAUCAUUGAUCACUCAGUAUGAUCACGAUAUUACGGAGAUGUACAUUAAACACGGUGAUAUAAAAAUUCUGUGCGAUUUCGAAGGUUCAGGGAAGGAAUUCCCUGUGUCAUAUUUUCGGUACUUUUUUCAUUUCGAUCAACCAUCUAAUAUCUAUUACUACAAGAAGCGUGUGAAUCAGGCUAUGAAUGCGCGACAGGAUUGCACCUUCAUUUCCUUUAUAUCACCUACUGAUGGAAUCAUAGUAAAACAGCUGUAUUAUUUUUUAUCAGAUAAUAAGCAAGCCAUACCAGAUGCUAUACGUGAGGUCUUGACGAAACCGAAAGUAAAUCGAAACGGAAAAUAGGCCGAAGACAAAUAGUUUUGAAUAUUAAAAAUGAAUUGCAAUUUUUAAUGUCAAUUUUAUUUUUUACUUUU